AUGCUCGUUUUAUUCGAAACAUCUGCUGGCUAUGCUGUGUUUAAACUGCUCGAUGAAAAAAAAUUAAAAGAAACACAAAAUUUGUACGCGGAUUUUGAAUCACCAGAAAAAGCAGCUAAAGUUUUAAAAUUAAUCAAUUUUGAAAAAUUCGAUGAUACAACACAAGCGCUCGCAGCAGCGACAGCAACUGUCGAAGGGAAAAUCUCUAAACCUUUGAAAAAGUUACUGAAACGUUUAGUGAACCCUGAUGUUCAAGAGCAAUUGCUUGUGACAGAUUCGGCACUUGGCAAAGCGAUUAAAGAAAAAUUUAGCUUUGACUGCAUUUGCAACAGUUCGGUUCAAGAUCUUAUGCGUGUUAUUCGCUCACAAGCGGAUAGUCUUCUACAAAUUGAUGAAAAGGAAUUAGCUGCUAUGCGUAUCGGUUUAGCACAUAGUCUAUCGCGCUACAAAUUGAAAUUUUCUCCUGAUAAAGUUGAUACAAUGAUCGUCCAAGCUAUCUCUUUAUUGGAUGAUCUUGACAAGGAAGUUAACAAUUACAUCAUGCGAUGUAAAGAAUGGUAUGGUUGGCAUUUUCCGGAAUUAGCUAAAAUCGUCCAAGAUAACAUUGCGUUUUGCAAAACGGUUCAACGUAUUGCUGCAGCUGAACUUGAACUAUCCGAUAUCUUACCAACUGAUGUCGAGGCUCAAGUAAAAGAAGCAGCAGAAAUCUCCAUGGGUACUGAAAUCUCCGAAGAAGAUAUCACCAAUAUUCGUCACCUUUGUUCUCAAGUUAUCGAAAUAUCGGACUACCGUGCCCAAUUAUUUGAAUAUCUCAAAAAUCGUAUGAUGGCAGUUGCGCCCAACUUAACUGUUCUCGUUGGUGAACUCGUCGGUGCACGACUCAUCGCCCAUGCUGGAUCAUUACUCAAUCUUGCUAAGCAUCCGUCAUCGACCGUACAAAUCUUAGGUGCUGAAAAGGCUUUAUUUCGAGCAAUGAAGACUAAGCAUGACACACCCAAAUACGGUUUAAUCUAUCAUGCUUCAUUAGUUGGUCAAACAUCGGCUAAACUCAAAGGAAAAGUUAGUCGAAUGUUAGCCGCCAAGUCAGCAUUAGCCAUUCGAGUCGACGCACUUGGUGAAGAUACGGAAGCCAACUUGGGUAUCGAACAACGGGCAGAUCUUGAAAAGAAAUUUUCAUUAUUGGAACAGAAUGCCACAAAACGUGUAUCAGGUACAGGUAAAAUGCAAGCAAAAUUUGAAAAAUACCAAAAGAAUUCUGAACGAGGACAAUUCGAUCAAGAUCAAGCUUCAACAUUACCUCAUAAACGCCAUUCCGAUUUUGGUGGACGAGGUGGUGCUAAUAAACGAUUCAGGAGUGACAACAUGAGUAAAUCAUUCGUAGUUUAA